UCGCAACCAAUAGUAAACAAAGACUCGUGCUGUAGUGCUGCGUUUAACGUUAAUUUAAAAUUACAAAAACAAUCGAGCUUGCGCGUACAUCGAACGUGCCUUCCUACUCUGCGAUGUUUUGAAUUUUCGAAUAUUUAUUAUCAACGUUUCGUGCAAUGAAAAAAUAAUAAGAACAAUAUGAUAAUGUGAGAGUGUUUUGGCUUUCGUAAUAUGUAAUGAGACGUGAUAUCGCCAACAGGAAAUCCUGCAGGAAAUGAAGACAUACAAGUUGCGAACUUGUAGACUUUUAAUUUAGUUGCCUUUCGCGAAAAUCAUGGGGACAUCGUUUAGAGAGCUUUUUAAAUUGUACGACUUGAUUCAAUGUGGGGAAUCAAGUAAUGUGGAGCGGUACCUGAAGGAAAAUUCUAUUGAUUUAAAUAUUAUUUUACCAUGCAAAGGUAUAGGAGUUUUACAUUUAGCAGUGGGCAUAGAACCAUUAGAAAAGUCCAAAAAAUGCACAGAAAUGAUCCUGAAAUAUGGCGGUGAUCCUAAUAUUGUAAAUGAGGAUGGACUAAGUCCGGUCCAUAUAGCAGCAAUAUGGGGCAGAGUGGAAAAUCUCAAGCUACUUAUUGGUUGUGGUGGAGACCCAUCUCGAAAGGAUAUUGAUGGAAUAUCUGCUUUUGACUAUGCAGCCAGGGAACAACAAUGGGAGGUUUUUGACUAUCUACGUAAUGUGGUUGAUGUAACAGAUGACUCAUUUGGAUCACAAUGUGCUUAUACGCUGGAUUUAGACAAAAUCCUAGUGACAACUGACCAAGUAGUGGCAGAGUAUGAGCCAAUAACAGAUGACCAGCUCAGCCGUAUGAGCAUACGAAAGUCUGAAAUGGUUCGCGACUGGUGUGAUAAAAACACUAUUACUAUGAAUAAAUUAUAUCCCACAAUACUUAGCGAGACAUACCUCUUGGACCACGAGUCUGAGCCCUGGCUGGAUGAUUUGACAAAUGACCUAGAUGACACUAUCAAUACAUACAAGACCUGCAAAUCUAAAGACAUUCAAAUUAGCGGCAUACAGCCUCUAGAGCAAACUGUAGAGAAUACACAAAGCACAGAGACAAAGCAGCGGCUCAGUGUCUAUAAAAAUUUCUCGUUACCAGGAUCUCCGAACAUAACACAUAUCAAUUAUCAUACUAAAAGUAGUUUGAAAAAGAAAGAUCUGUUUCGUGACACCCGGGAAUUGGACAAAGCAAUGAUAGUGGUGCAAAAUAAAACAAAUGAAUGGCUCUCGUGUGAGGAGAAAAGAGUUUGUAAUACCAGGAGAUCAUCAGCCAGUAGCGGUGUCAGUAGCAACUUCUCUGGAAGCAUAGUGUUGGCAAAUGUCCAUGAAGAUUUCAAAUACGAAGACAAGGAAGAGGAUGUUGUGCUGAUUGAAAGGAGGGUCCGGGUUUCGCCUAUUGUGUUACCAAUAGAGGAAGGCAACGAGACAUCUCCAGACCAAACAAUUCUCUCAGUCGCUUCCUCUCUUCCACCAUCCAUGGACUAUGACACGGACACACUCAGAGCCGAAUUGACAAAGCUAGGAUUCAAACCUGGACCUAUACUUGAAAAUACAAAAACGCUAUACUUGAAGAAACUACACGCAUUGAAGAAAAACCCUAUAAUAUCCAAACGGAAUGAACAAGGAAAAUCAUAUAGCGUUGAACUAGAAAGAUCUCUUCGGAACAAUGAUUGGAUACAGAAUUUAUCUCCAUACAUAGAGUUAGAAAACAAGGCAAAAGUGGACUUUUUGAAUCCGAACAAAAAGUGGAGGGAAGGCACAGCUAAGACCUCCUUUACCUACCUAUUACUUGACCCACGAUUGACGAACAACCUUCCAGGGCGAGCUGGUCAAAUUGACCCACAUACGUCGUGGGUCACAUUUGUGAACUCAAUAUUUUAUGUUGGAAAAGGUAAACGAUCCCGCCCCUACUCACACCUCUACCAAGCGUUGACUCUAUGGAAACGCGACUUCAAACAAUCCAAAGACAAGAAAGUCCAACACAUUCUUGAUAUAUGGUCAGACCAAGUAGGUGUUAUAUGUCUACAUAUAUUCCAGAAUGUUAUCCCAGCUGAGGCGUAUACAUACGAAGCCUCAAUGAUAGAUGUACUAGGGUUGCAGAACUUGAAGAAUCUUAAAACUGGCAAUUACUAUGGAGUUGCAGCUUCAUGGCCACUCAAAGAACGCCGUAUGCUAGGCUUGUAUUUAUUGUACAAAGCUAUGAAUAUCUUUCUGAGUGAAGGCGAAAGACAGUUGCGACCGAAUGAUAUAGACUGAUAAUACACGAUCUCCGCAGUACCAGUGGUACAAUAUUAAAUUUAGAGUGCAAUUUCGUUAUAUUCAUAACGACUUGUCUUAUUUAAGAUAGAUGUAAACCUUCCUUUAUCAAUUAACUUGUCGGGAGUUUUUAGUCAUAAUUGAUGUUCUGUGAAAGUAAAUUUGACAUUUCUUCUUAUUCUUUGAUUAAAAUUCAUAUUUUGAAUUUAGAAUCCGUACGAAGAGUAGUAUAUUAUCUAUCUGACUCAGUUACUUUCGGUUGUAAUUCAGUAUUACGUAUUAUAUAAUAAUUGUCUUGCCCUGUAAUUUAUAUUAGUUUUAAGAUAUAUGUACCUUUACCUGUCUUACAAAUAACAGCCAAAGAAACCCUUCGACUGAUUUAUUGGAUUAGGUUAAGAGAUAUUUUUAGCGUUUUUAGUGGAUUGUAUUUAUUUUAUAUGUAGAAUUCGUUUAUUACCAAAAUACUUAGCAUUGAGAAAAUUAUAUUUUUAGGUUGUGAUUUUUAUAUUCGAUUAAGUCUACCAUUUACUCCCUUAAUGAAAUUAUUUCUCAGUAUUUUCUUAAGUUAUUUAUGCUUUUAGCAUUAAUUUAUAAUUCAACUAACAUAAGUUACCUUUUUUAGAUUUCUUUUAAUAAUAAUUUGUGAUAUGUUACUAACACUCGUACAUCUUUGACUAAUCAAAAACCAAUGUUCGCAGAUUUUUGGUACUUUUUACAAAACGUUUGCCCACACAAAAAUUAAUUGCUCUGUAAAUAGAUAUCUUUAGAUCAAGAAUGCGAUAUCUACAAACGAAACACAGGAGGACCGUAUUCUAAAACGCGACUCAAAUCUAGCCUUCAGAACUGUCAAACCAUUUCUUCUCUAUGAACUUUUUGACAGCACUCAAGACAAGAUUAUGACUGGAGAUGUUUUAUGAUACGAGCCUUAAAUGAUCUUAUUAUAAUGCGUGGCUGAGUGAGACAUUAACUAGAAUUUUAAAUUUGACUUCUUUUAAUAUUUGUAUUUAAAGAUGUGUUCUGCGCUCUGUAGUUUUUUUUUAUAAUCUGCAGCAUUACGAGCUGCAUCCUAGCGUUCUCUAUGGUUCAAACCAGCCAGUCACGCCUUGGAAUUGCUUAUCUCCUAGUCACAUUGCAUAAUAUGCACGACAAUCUGUAUUAUCAGGAUUAAUAAAUAAAACACUAUAUAAGAAAUAAUUUAUUUUUAUUCCUUUUUAACGUCUCGAAUUUCUUUUCUAAGAAAAUCAAAAUUUGCUUUAGUUACAUGAAAAAAAUACACAAAUGUAUAUAAUCGAUACUAUAAUACAACGCUCUCUGUGCAACCGAUUGGUACAAAAUAAUGAAAGCAUAGACAACGUGCCCAAUCAUUAAAUAUUUCAGUCUAUAACAAUCAAUGCACCGCGUUGUACGAGAUCAUACAUUUUGAAUACACGAAAAUUAAAUUCACAUUUACUCAAAUCACUGGUUAAAACAUAAUUUAGGCCACUAAGUUUAUUUUCAGAAACAGGUACAAGCGUACAUUGACUAAAGUUGAAAUAGCGAUUGGAGCUCCACAAUCGCCUCCAACACUGAUGAUACUACGCUUAGCGUAGGAAAGCAAAGGCAGGACAGAAAUUGUAUCAUUAAAUUGUCUAAAAUCGGAAACAAUUGUAUAGCUCCCAACUAUGAAAUAUAACUACAUAUUGAAAUGCAAAUCGGCGUGUCACAAUCGCCUAUUCUUAAUAUUACCAGUAACAUUUAUACGUGCCAACAAGACAACAAUGUUUCUAGGAAGAGUUAACGAACACAAGGCUGGGCCCCGGAAAUUGCAAGUCGACCAUAGACCAGAGAGCAUAAUUUAAUAUCUAUAGGCAGUUAUUGUGUUUAUCUGUAUUAUCUAGCAGAAGGUGAGAAUUAGUACGAUAGCCUUUCACUGUGAGCCGAGUAUAACGACUAAUUAAACUAUCAUGAAUGUUUAAAGCUUACAGGUUAACAAUUACAAAUCGCAUUUUUGUAUCACAUAGGUCAUUGUUCUUUACUACACCUAGCUCUAUCAGAACCCCGACUGAUGCAAAUGGAAGACUGUUUUAACUGAAUAUUCAGAAUAAGAAU